AGUAAGUACGAGACCCCAAAUUUCUUCCUGAACAUGGCAAAUACGUCCUCAGUUUUUGAAACUUUUAUCAAGUCGAUUGCAAAACUGAGGCGGGAAGAGGACCAGAGAAGCGAGGGGGAUGAUAAGUAUGAGUAUGGCGCGGUGGAGACGUACCUCACGCAAGAUAAGGUCGGCACGAUGGACAUGUCGCAUUACUUUUUCCCACUGUUUUUCGCCUCGGAAAAAGGACCGUUAGGAAUUUGGGAGAAGCAGAUUGGCCUUGGACAUAUCAAGCGUCGCAUUGAGACGGAUAUCGGGCAGCGGUUUCAUGUUCUCGAGUUGGUCAAUACGAAGCAAAGUUUGUCCACGUUUAUCGCCGCGCCUAAAAAGGAGUGGAUGGCGUUGCACGUGUCGCUCCCACAUUUGGUGAUCGUGAUGAAAAACUUUCGGAGGAAUUUUUCUUUCGAAGUGCAAGUCUUGGAUAAUCGCGGGUUUUUGAGGAGAUUCGAUAUGGCGACGUGGUUCAAUCCGUCGAGUUUGAAGAAGUGGCCGUUCCUUUGUCAACUACCGUUGAAGUUGGAAAUUGGAUGGAAUGAGAUUCAUGUGGAUUUCAAUGAUUUGUUGAAGAGGACGUAUAAUACGAGAUACUUUGAAACUGUGAGGAUCGUGAUUAAUGCGAAUUGUCGGUUGAGACAGGUCUUCUUCUGUGCCGAUAAAAUCAUCUCCGGCGAACUACCGAUCCCAUCGAUGCGAAUGUUUGACAAUAUUCGUAUCGUGUCACCCACCUUUGGCUCGAUCAAUCAUCCCAACUAUACCGAAAGUGGACCAAACUUUUGCCGCGAUGGGGCCCUCCUCGACCCCACAAUGAUCCCCCCGGCCACACGGAUUGAGAAAGACUUGCGCCUCAUUCACAUCCAGCGGUUCAACCAGCUCAACAAACUCCAACUGCGGGAACCUUACCGAUCCUACUUCAAGGAUUUGUUGGCCAAGUCGCAGAAAGUUUUGGACGAUAUGGACGGCGGCGUGAGUGACAUUGACGCGGCAAGAUCGAGACCAUCCACGACUUCUUCGUACCAAGACAGAGAAUCGGACAUCGAGGAGGGCAAAUUGUUCCCAUUUCCGGCCGGACCGGACCGGUGAGUUUGGUCGAGUUGUUGACCAGAGGCGAAGAAUCGACGCAGUAGGGUUGAAUAUUUUUGUCGCAUUGCAUGACCCAAAAUUGUAAAUGUUUGUAAAAUCUGGUGAA